AAAAAAGCAAACCAGAUGGACUGGGGUUGGGGAGAGGGUGUCUGGUGAAUGGUUGGUUUUUAUUCCUCUCCUUGUUUGUGGAGAGGAGAGAAAGAACCCCCUUUCUCUCUCUACAAUUUCAACAUCUAUUCUUCAUUUUCUCUCUCUCUCUCCCUCUCUCUCUUUCUCUCUCUCCCUCCCUGCUUCCCAAUCAAUCUGCCACCGUUGCCCAACCCAGACCUUUUGUAUAAUCGUAUCAACUCCUCAACUCCUUUCAAAUUGGUGUGAUCACACCCAAUCAGAAGAAAAAGAAGAAGAAGAGGGGGUUUGGAUUUUGGUUCUGGGUUUGGUUUUGGUUUUUUCUGCCUUUGGGUAAUGGGAAUUCCGGCUGCUGAAAAGUGAUGGGAACUGGAUGGAAUUCGAUGCCGGAAUUCCGAUGCCUAGAGGGCAAGUGACCGAGGGAUCCUCCCUCUCGCCCUCGCUCAAUCAAGAUGCAAUGUGGCAAAUGAACUUGAGAUCGAGUGAAACAAUGGAGUCUGGACCUUAUCCCGAGCGUCCGGGAGAACCAGACUGUUCUUACUACAUCAGGACAGGAUUAUGUAGAUUUGGGAUAACUUGCCGGUUUAAUCAUCCUCCCAAUAGAAAACUGGCUAUUGCCACUGCAAGGAUGAAAGGAGAGUUCCCGGAGAGAAUGGGACAGCCAGAAUGUCAGUACUACUUGAAGACAGGAACUUGCAAGUUUGGAGCCACAUGCAAGUUUCAUCAUCCUAGAGACAAGGCUGGAAUUGCUGGAAGAGUUUCUUUAAAUAUUUUAGGCUAUCCACUGCGGCCGGAUGAGAUUGACUGUGCUUAUUAUUUAAGAACUGGACAGUGCAAGUUUGGAAGUACAUGUAAAUUUCACCAUCCUCAACCAUCUAGUAUGAUGGUUUCAUUGCGUGGUUCUCCUGUUUAUCCUUCUGUUCCUUCUCCAACAACUCCUGGUCAGCAGUCAUAUGCUGGAGGGAUCACAAACUGGCCCUUGUCAAGAGCAUCUUUUAUACCCAGCCCACGCUGGCAAGCUCCCUCAAGUUAUGCACCUUUGAUGCUACCUCAGGGAGUGGUAUCAGUCCCAGGCUGGAAUGCAUAUAGUGGUCAGUUGGGUUCACCUUCAGAGAGCCAGCAGCAAACAGGAGGAAACAAUCAGAUUUAUGGAACUUCACGGCAGAGUGAACAACCAAAUACAGGAUCUCAAGGGACAUUUUCUCCGUACCGGUCUGGCUCUGUUCCCAUAGGAUUUUAUGCAUUGCAGAGAGAGAAUGUAUUUCCUGAGAGACCUGGACAGCCUGAAUGCCAGUUUUACAUGAAAACUGGAGAUUGUAAGUUUGGUGCGGUUUGUAGGUUCCAUCAUCCCAGAGAAAGACUGAUCCCUACUCCGGAUUGUGUUUUGAGUCCCAUAGGCCUCCCUUUACGUCCGGGAGAACCUUUGUGCAUUUUUUAUUCUCGUUAUGGGAUCUGCAAAUUUGGUCCAAGUUGCAAGUUUGACCACCCUAUGGGAAUCUUCGCAUACAAUCUGUCUGCAUCAUCUUCAGCUGAUGCUCCAGUUGUUCGACGAUUGUUGGGGUCAUCAUCAGGAAGUGCCGCAUUAACUUUGUCAUCAGAUGGGCUUGUUGAAGCAGGCUCCACAAAGCCCAGGCGACUUUCACUGCCAGAGACAAGACAGAUGCCUCCUGGUGAUGAUAAUAUUGAUACAGAGGGAUGAUCACUCCUCAAGAAUUGAGCUGGUUACUUCCUUACAACAAUCUUUUGGAGUAUAAAACAAGAGUUAUCUGUAAAUUCAUUUCCCAUUGUUGGAGAUGUACAGAGUUCAUGUUAAGUCAAGUCUGUUCUUCUGAAAAGUGCGUCUCAGUUGACAGACUUGACUCCUCUGCACCUCAUUUUGCUGCUUUGUAUAAAUCUGCAUACAUUGUCACAUUUGGUGAAACCCAAUGUGAACAUUUCAUCUGUUCCAAAGUCCAUCUUUCUGGUUCCUGCAACUUUUUUUUCCCAGUAUUUUAUAUAUGUUACAUCAAACAUUCCCUUAGUAGCUAUUGGCAGCCUCUGGCUUUCCAGUGAAUCUUUGGUCACAAGCACCCUGGUUUGAAAUCCUCACUAGUCACCCUGGUUUGAAAUCCUCGCCCUGCAUCCUAGAUUUUUUUUCCUUCCCUUUCACCUCUUUUCGUUUUCCCCAUUAUGGUUGAAUUUGCUUUACCUGGCUUUGUGUUAGUACUACUGUUACCUUUUUUGUGACUCCUGUUGAGUCCUUUAAUCCCAACUGUAAUUCCUGUUCUACAAAGUUAAUUUUCCUGGAGAAUAACCUGACUUGUAUCUCAGACCUUCAAACCCAACUGUAAUCCCUGCUAUAUGAUAUUUUUUUUUGUUGCAUAGUUAUUUUGGUAGAUAGGUUUCACCUUUGCAGAAUUCUCAGUGGGCCGACUGUUGGUUUGAAAGAUGGCUUCUGAAAGCAGCAGAAUGAAACAAAAGGAUCUUGCUCAUGUCCUCACCGGGUGAAAUUCUUCCAACCUCAACCCCAACCUCCAAGACGACCUUUGUAUCUCUUGAGGGCUCUCUCUCUGGUUCAAAUUGCUAGUUCUUUUUCUGCAAGGAGAAUCUUGAUCAGCUCGUGGUUUGGUUCAGUUUCAUUUUGCAAUGUCGAGUUCUCAACAAUUGACUUUGUGGGAGGAUAAUUCAAACAGCAGACAGUCAGUCACAGAAUCUAUGGACCAGUCAUGGAGCUACACUAGUCUUCUGAAAAAUUACAUCCUUGAAGGAAUCCUAGCAGGUACAAAGGGAACUUGAAAAAUACAAUAUUUAUCAGGUUUUUAGUGGUUGAGUAUUAUACCUAUUUGAAACUUGCUGAAAUUGUGCUUAUUCUUGCAAGCAGGUUUUGCAAUCUCUUGCUGACUGCCAAAUUUUUUGUAAUUGGUUUUAAAUAUGCUUGUAUGCAUCUUUGUUACUCUUUUUUGAGAUGCUUGAUUGCGAAUUAUGCAGUAUUCCCAGUUGAACUGUGAGCUAAUAAAAAAGGCAGAUUCAGAUAGUAGAAUUUGAACUUGAA